GAGCGUCUCGGCGGGGUCCGCACUCACAGUCGUACCGUGUUCUUCUCGUGCGGUGUGCGGUACGUGUAUCAGUCGCAAUAUCGUCGUCGAUCUGCGCGCAGUUCGUGCUGCAGAUAAUAGUGCAAUAUAAUAUUAUUAUACAUCGUAAUACGCCGCGACUAUAUAUAAUAACACUUUUUAGGUAAAAAAAAUUAUUGGCGCGUUUAUCUACCCACUCAUUUUCACCACGAGACCAUUUUGCGGCUGCAUAAACGUUGACGGCGAAAUAAACAGACAUAUUUUGUUUUUCACGAAACAAUUGAGCGUCGACAUUUCGAAGCUCGUGGGAAAAUCUAAUAAUGUGGUGGCCCCGGCCACGGUGGAAGAGUGACAUUUUCACGCGUUUUGUACUACUGUUAUUAUUCAUCAUCACAACUACAAGUACGAAAAACGCAGUGAUGGCAGACGAAGGGCAGCAGCAUUGCGGCGCGAGUAAUAUGUCCGCUGUGGUAUGGACGACUAUCCUGUGCACGAUGCUAUUGAUUUUGGCAAUUGUUGCGAUAUAUUUUAUUUACUGUAAGAGAAGAGAACACGACUGGUCAUCGUUAUGGUGGAAAAGCAAUUCAGACAAAAAUCUCGUAUUACAAACAUCGGCUCCUGUGAAAAACCAACAACUGAAGAAUAGUGGCACUGAUAAUCCAGCGUUUUCAGCGGAUGCUUAUAAUGGCGAUUGUGUCACAAGAACAGGAUUGACUAGGGUCGUGCGCGUAUCCUCAUCAUUUUUAAGCGAAGGGUCGCUGGAAAAUGAAUUGUCAUUAAAAGAAGAAGAUGGCAGAAAAAUCUAUGUGUGUAAACACAACGAUGGAUCAAAAGAUCAGUUGGUUGCGUUGCGGUUGGUGUUUGAUAAGGGGCAACAACAACAACUGAGCAGACCGCCAGCCUCGGAACUGAGUCGCUCUCUGGUCGAACUGAGUCGCAAGUACGGUUUACACGUCGAACUGGAAACCGAGGGGGAAGUGGUCAUAGGGACGCCGGAAAAAUGCGACGACAACGCAGCAAAAUGUGCGAAAUCGAACAUUCUGUCGACGGUCUGCGGACAAGCACAACGUUUGUGGCACCAGAGACAAAUGGUGUUCAAAGGCGGUGACAGUGGUAGCCGUGGCGUGGUGGACGUGGAAAAGGAUAUCGUGGACGGUGACUUGGAAAGCGGCCGCGUCGAGGCGGUGCACGUUGCAAAGGCCGCGCCGGUUCAGAAAUCUCCGUGUACGGUGACGACGGUAAACGAAACCGCGGACGUCGAACGGCCGGCCCGGAAUCACGGCGGGUCGUUACGAUACCGCACUCUGGAGUACGGUGCAUCGCCUGCCGGUGCUGAAGCGCAGUCGUCACCGGACAGCGGCGUACAGUGCUGUACGGUCAAUCCGUCAUCGGAAUGUGUCCGGGUGCAGAUGGACAAAGACGUGACCACCUCCGCAUUGGCGGCGACGAACGACUGCAGCGAUGAGCAAGCAGCGGUGAAGAAGGAGAGUAAAGACGUAGCGGCCGUAGAAUCGGCGAAAGACGUGGUAGUGACGGCGGACAAGGGCGAAGCAGUCAAAGCGGAAAAAGACGUAACGAUCGGGGUACCGGACAAACACGCGACGGCUCCGUUGAAAACGGUUGACAGCGACAAGCCGGUGGUGGCUAAACCGCCGAAAAACGACGAACCGAAACACGCCAAUCCGCCACCGCCACCGCCACCCCGCAAGUACAGCGCGUCGGUGGUGCCGCCGACUGUUCCGGUGACUGCUGCAAUCGCGAUACCGCGAGCCACAGGUGCUGCGGUCGUCGCCUGCACCGCGUCCGAGGCCAAUGCCGAUAACGUUACUGUUCCGCCUGAGCCCUGCACCACGACGCCCGCGGUUCCGGUCGCUUGUGUCGAGUCGGCCAAGCCGUCCGCCGCGGCGGCGAUCAGCGAAAUCCGAGUGGACGACGACUAUUACUGGUGCACCACGACCGCCAUGGCGCCGCCGAUGUCGACGUUCGGGAAACGACCGUCCGUGACGUCGAGUGUCGACAGCGGCAGCGGCAGCGGUGCAUCUGAGACCGCAAUAAUCGGUGACGGGGCCGCUGCGGUCGUCCCCGACGUGUACGAAAAAGGCUUUACUGUGGCCGCGCUCGCGGUGGACGAUGGCCGAGACGUGGUGGCCGGCGGCACGACCAGUAUCGAGGACGCGUCGCUGCCGUCGUUCUCGUCCGACGAAGAAGAGGACGACGAAGACAAUAAUUGCAAUAACAACGGUGUGGUAUUGGCCGCCGACAAGUCAAAGUUACCGUCUUGCAACUCCGUCGUCGUCGAUACUCCGGUGAACGGCGUCGGAGCAGGAGUGGUCGUCAAGGACAGCGGCGGCGGCGGCGACGGCUUAGGAAACGUCGCGAAGACCGUCUGCAACGGCGUGUCACUUAACAACAACAACAACAACAACAACAACAACAACAACAACAACAGCAAAAAUAACAACAAAAACAACUGCGACGACGACGGCGACGCGUACGGCUCGAGUGUGGUACCGCCCGCCGCGGCCGAACCGAAAUCGCCCACGAAGCUGCCGACCCUGCGGCUGUCGCUGUCGUCCACCGCCCCGACAUCGUGCUGUUCGUCGUCGGCAUCGUCGACCUCGUCAACAUCGCCGUCGCCCACCAACAGCAGCGUCAACAGUUCGCCCAUCGUGUCGAAAAUACCGGUACGACGGCAGUCCGCCGGCAGCAGCGUAACGGCCGUUUCCACGCCGACCGCAAACGGCUCCGCGAAGAAAUCCAUUCCGUUGCCGUUGUCGAGGAGCGGUUCCCGGUUAGCCAUGUGGUCCUCGGCCAACUGACCGACCCCGCGGGUCAGCCUCACAGGAACAUGAAAAACAGCAGUCGUCACGACGACCUGUGACGUUUAUUUAAAAUAUUAUACACGCGUAUCAUAUACCACCAAUAUUCAUUUUAAAUAUAUAUAUAACACUAUGUGCGAAAUUAAAAUAUAAUAAUACAUAGGUGUGUAUUUUUUUUUUUUUUUA